CGCCGUGUCAGCUGCUCUGGCGGUGGCCACGGCGGUGGACUCCAAGGCGGAUCUCGCCGCGCUGUUGGACGAGUGGGAAGAAGCACAGCAAGGCACCACAGAGCAGCUGGUGUCCAUCCUCACCAAGUCAGCAGGGAUUGGUUUUAUUUGAGAAGCUGUAAUGGUUUUCCGAUGGAGUCGGACUGAAUGUGUCUCUUCUUUGUGUGUUCUGCAGAAUAUCUGAGCUGAUUGAGCGGGAGACGGGAGAAUAUCACAAAGCAGAUCCAGAUCCGUUUGAUGACCGUCACCCAGGACGGGCCGACCCAGACUGCAUGCUGGGACAGCUCCUGAAGAUGCUGUUUAUGAACGAUGACUUCACUAAUGCGCUGUUGGACACGUAUGUAAUGACCAGCAGAGAGCUGAACCUCAACACAGCAGCCUGCCGCCUGCUGCAGAACAUCAUGCCGGGCCUGGAGACCGCCGUCGUCUUCCAAGAGAAGGAAGGUCUGGUCGAGAAGUUGUUCACCUGGGCUCGUGAAGCAGAGCGACCGCUGUGCGUCUACGCCACGGGCCUGCUGGCCAGAGCCAUGAGCAACCAGGAAGUGGCGGCCAGCUACCGAGAGGAGAACGCUCAGCUGGUACCGAUCAUGAUUCGGCGCCUGCACGAGCUGCAAACUGAAGAGGCCAAGAAUCGCGUUAGUCCCGCCUCGACGCCCCAGAAUCUACCUCAGGACUCUCAGGUUGAAGCAACCCAAACCUCGAACAUCUCAACAGACCAGCAAGACAAGAAGGUGGGGGAAGAUGUGGAAGAGGAAGGAGAGAGGUCGGCGUCAACGGCCAAUUCCAAACCUCCGUCGCAGCUCGCCUCGGCCCUGAAAAAUGGCGGCGGUGGACAAAGCUCAACCCGACUGCUUCCAGACUUUGUUUACCAGGCCAGCCCCGACCCUGCCUCCAGGGACUCUGACUCUGACAGGCAGGGAGGAAGAGGAGGAGGAGGGAAGAGACAGGCAGUAAAGGAGAAUGGGAGGAAGGCCAAGCAGAAACUCAACUUCAUCUCCUCCUCCUGCAGGACUGAGGAAGAGGAGGAGAGGAACGAUUCAGGCGACCAGCCGGCCAACAGCACCUCCUGGUCUGAGAUGAGCUCGAUGGUGAUCGGCUCUGACUACAGCCUGCAGCCGCUGAGCUCGGCCAUGGAGCAGAGGCUCAUCCUGCAGUACCUGACGCCGCUCGGAGAUUACCAGGAGUUGCUUGCCGUCUUCAUGCAGCUGGACACCCGGUCGUUGCUGAUGAACUACAUCGACCUCAGGCAGACCAAAAAUGUCCAGCUCACCUUCGAUGCCCUCCUGUAUCUCGCCUCCCUCCUCCUCCAUAAGAAGUUUGCAGCGGAGUUCAUCGCUCACGGAGGAGUGCAGAAACUUCUGGAGAUCCCGAGGCCGUCGAUGGCGGCGACUGGAGUUUCACUGUGCUUGUACUACCUGGCGUACAAUCAAGAUGCCAUGGAGAGGGUGUGUACGCUCGCAGACGGCGUGCUGUCAGACAUGGUGUCCUACGCUCUGUGGCUGUUGGAGUCGUCCCACGCUUCAGGCGUCUGCCACGCCACCAUGUUCUUCUCCAUUUCUUUCUCGUUCAGAGCGGUGCUGCAGCUCUUCGACCACCAGGACGGUCUCCGCAGGCUCGUCAACUUGAUCAGUACUUUGGGGAUCCUCAACACAGACAGUGAGGUGUCCAUAAUGAGUGACGACCAGGUGUUCUCCAGCCGACAGACAGCCAAACACACCUGCAUGGCCCUACGCAGGUUCUUUGAGGCUCACCUCGCAGUAAAGGCUGAACAGGUCAAACAGUCUCUGCACUCGUCAGACGGCGGCACCGUCGUUCCCCAGCAGCCAUUUUACAAGGCAUACACGUACACCAGGGAGCAGGUUAUUGAGAUGAUGGAGUUUCUCAUCGAGUGCGGACCUCCUCAGCUCCACUGGGAACCGGUGGAGGUCUUCUACAAGUUGUCCUGCGUCCCUUUAAUGCUGCAGCUCAUAUCUACAGCCUGUGACUGGAGGACUUACUAUGGCAGGAGCGACACUGUGCGUUAUGCAUUGGACAUCCUGGCGAUCCUGAUGGUGGUUCCUAAAGUCCAGUUGGUGCUGGCAGACACUGUCGAGGUUCUGGAUGAAACCAGAUCUCCUGUUUCCACUGUGGGUAUGAGCAUCAUUCUGGGUGUCGCAGAGGGCGAAGUGUUUGUCAAUGAUGCUGAGAUCCAGAAGUCUGCACUACAAGUGAUAACAAACUGUGUGUGCGCUCCAGACCAGAGCCUGAACACUGUGGGUGCUUUUGCUGUCGCCCCCCUUAGGCCGUCCCUCCACCCCCAGCAGCCCCCCGCUCCCCACAACAGAGUGCUGGCCCACAUGUGGCAAAUGGUGCAGAACAACAAUGGUAUAAAGGUGCUUCUGUCUCUGCUGUCGGUGAAGAUGCCGAUCACAGAUGCAGAUCUGAUCCGUUCUCUGGCCUGCAAGGCUCUGGUCGGACUCUCUCGCAGCUCGGCGAUCAGACAGAUCAUCAGCAAACUGCCGCUCUUCACCAGCAGCCACAUUCAACAGCUAAUGAAAGAGCCGGUGCUGCAGGACAAACGAAGCGAGCAUGUCCGUUUCUGCCGGUACGCCGCCGAGCUGACGGAGCGAGUGUCGGGGAAGCCUCUGCUCAUGGGCUCCGACGUCUCACUGGCUCGCCUGCAGAGGGCCAACGUGGUCGCCCAGUCCCGGAUCACCUUCUCUGAGAAGGAACUCCUCAUGCUGAUCAGAAACCACCUCGUGGCCAAGGGGCUCCACGACACGGCGAACACGCUCGUCAAAGAGGCGAAUUUACCCACCGGAACCCACUGUCCGAACUCUUCCUCCUGCGUCACCCCUCCCCCCUCCUCCUCAAUGAUCCCCAGGACUUGCCGGUUAGCUGGCGGGAUCGCGGCUCGGUUAGCCGGCCACGUUGGAUCCUCUCCCGUCUCCUCAGUGGCCGUAGCCUCCUCCACCACUCCCUCUUCAGCUCGUUCACACAGCGUUCCUCACCCUUCGUGCUCUUCUUCGUCUACCCCUGUCCUCCCCACUCCUCCUCCUCUUCCUCCUCCUCCUCAUCUCGGACCUCACGUGCAGGGCUCGCCUCUGGUCGGACGGAUUUUGUUCACACGGGAACGCCCGGUCGCCCAUUGCAGCUCAGGGAAGAAGCUUCGUGCACUGAAGCAGAAGUCUGACCACGGUGCUUUCAUACAGACUCCAGCCAUGAAGAAGCAGCUGGAGCGCCACCUUCCUUCCCCGCCGACCCUCGACAGCAUCAUCACCGAGUACCUGAGGGAACAACACGCCCGCUGCCCCAAUCCCGUCACCACCUGUCCCCCCUUUUCCCUUUUCACCCCUCACCGCUGCCCUGAGCCAAAGCAGAGGCGACAGGCAUCGCCCAACUUCACCGCCCGCCUGGGGAGCAGAGUGCUGUACCCGAAAUACGGAGGCGUGGACAGAGGGUGUCUGGAUCGACAUCUCAUAUUCAGCAGGUUUCGUCCGAUGACGGUCUUCCACGAGGGCGACGGAGACGAGAGCGGUUUCACCUGUUGUGCCUUUUCAGCCCGCGAGCGUUUCCUGAUGCUGGGAACCUGCUCGGGUCACCUCAAGUUCUACAACGUGUACUCUGGAGAGGAGGUGGCCAACUACACCUGCCACACGUCGGCCAUCACACACCUCGAACCUGCCAGGGAUGGGAAACUGCUGCUCACCUCAGCCUCAUGGAGCGUCCCGUUGUCUGCUCUCUGGAGUAUGGACAGCGUCUUUAGCAUGAAGAACUCAUUUGUCGACGACCACUACGUCGAGUUCAGUAAACUCUCUCAGGACAGAGUCAUCGGCACCAAGGAUCAAGUCGCACACAUCUACGACAUCCAGACGGGUCAGAAGACUCUGACCCUGAACGACCCCGCCCUGGCCAAUAACUACAAGAGGAACUGCGCCACCUUCAACCCCACCGACGACCUGGUGCUGAACGACGGGGUGCUGUGGGACGUGCGGGCGUCGCAGGCCAUUCAUAAGUUCGACAAGUUCAACAUGAACAUCAGCGGCGUUUUCCAUCCCAACGGCCUCGAGGUCAUCGUCAACACGGAGAUUUGGGACCUGAGGACCUUCCACCUCCUACACACAGUCCCUGCCCUGGACCAGUGCAGGCUGGUCUUCAACAGCAACGCCACCAUCAUGUAUGGAGCAAUGCUGCAGGCCGACGAUGAGGAUGACGCUAUGGACCAGCAGAUGAAGAGUCCCUUCGGCUCGUCCUUCAGAACCUUCGACGCUACGGACUACAAACCCAUCGCCACCGUGGACGUGAAGAGGAACAUCUUCGACCUGUGCACCGACACCAAAGACUGCUACCUGGCUGUCAUUGAGAACCAGGACACGGUGAGCCUCGAUACGGUGUGUCGUCUGUACGAGGUGGGACGACAGAAACUGGCAGAAGAGGGAGACGACGACGAUCAGGAUGAAGACCAGGACGAUGAUGAUUCCUCGGACUCCGACGAUGACGACGACGACGACGAUGAUGACGACGAUAUGGACACGGACCCGCUCAUUGAGGAACUGGCCAAUAACGACGACCAGGAAAACGAGGACGGGACCAACUCUCCUACGGACGAAGAGAUCGCAGAUCUUCUCGGCAGCAACAGCGACGACGACAACAGCGACGACGACGAUGAUGACGAAUCGGAAGACUCGGACGGAAGCGACGACGGAUCUGAUUUUGACCCCGACAACUCAAAUUACUACCCGGAGCAGUCCGAUGAUGACGUUCAGAUCCUCCAGGCUCUCAGCGACCGUUGGUUCUCCUGACCGAGGGACUGGAAACUCCUCCGCUCACAAUGUGAACCUCAACCAGGACUUUGUCCCCCCCCCCCUCUCUUUUAAAGCAUCAGUUAAUCAGGCAAGUUGACGUCACAUCGACGUCCUGGAGGACAACGGAAGACUCUGUGAUAUUGUCUCUCUAUCCUGAACUUCAGAGAGACCGCAGUGAUGAAUAAUAAAUAUUUCCCAAAGACUCGGAUGAACACUGA